AUGCGAAGGAACAGAGGUUCAAGAGCAGGGCAAAAAUCCCAUAAUCAGAACAAUGAAUCAACAAACGAGAGUGUGUUUACUAUUAGAGGUGUUGAAACCUCUAGAGCUGAUGAGUUAAUUCAAGGUAUGUGCUUAGUUGAUGAUAAGUUGGUGGUUGUAUUAUUUGAUUCAGGAGCUACGCAUUAUUUUAUAUCUAUAACUUGUGUUGAUUUCUUAAAGUUAGAAGUAGUUGAUUUGAAUAAAAGGAUAACCAUUUCUACUCCGUCAAGAGAAAUGAUGGUAACAUGUUCGGUUUGUGUAGGUUGUCGCAUAACCAUCAAAAAUAGAAAGUUUUUAGUAAACCUUAUAGUUCUCCCACUACAUGAUCUAGAUGUUAUCCUAGAAAUGGAUUGGUUAUCGGCUAACAAUGUAACCUUAGAAUGCAAGAAUAAAACUAUAACAUUUGGAGAAGAUAGUGGAAAAGUCAAUAAGGUGAAAGCUCUCACUAAAAAAUUCAUGAUGAUGUUUUCUAUUUCAGUAAAAGAAGCCCUAAACAUUGAAAACUUCCCAGUGGUGUGUGAGUUCCCAAAAGUAUUUCUAGAAGACGUUCCAGGUUUAUCACUAAUUAGGGAAGUAGAGUUUUCUAUAGAUUUGGUUCUAGGUGCUAGGCCAAUUUCUAUAUCUCCUUAUUGGAUGUCACCAUUAGAAUUGGCAGAGUUAAAGAAGCAACUAGAGAAGAUGUUAGGAAAAGGAGUUUAUCAUACCAAGUGUAUCACCAUGGGGAGCUCCAAUCUUGUUUAUGAAAAAGAAAUACGAUUCAUCUAUACUUUGCGUAGAUUAUAG